AUGCCUCACACUCGAAGAUACCCUAAGGCGAGUACGACUCCCUCCACCUCCUUUGAUACCCGCGACAAUUCCGUCAAGAGAUUUGUAGUGGCUACACCGUUGGCUCAGAACGACUUGGAGAAGAUGAACGGUGGACAAGAGUGGUAUCUUAAUCGUGAUACCGCUAAGGCACGGUACACAAAGCUUGCCGAAGAUUCUAGGAAGACAUUCCUGGGACCCAUGCCUGUUGAGGACUUCCUUGACUUCUUACCACGGACGGAUAUGUCGAAGAUGCCGCGUGCGGCCAAGGCAUUCAAAGCCGUUCCGCUCGAAGCUAGCCAGGAGUUCCACAUAUACAUCCCGCUAAUAGCUGCGCUGAGCGAAAGGGGGAGGAAGAGGUCUCGGUGUCCUGGAUUUGUCUUCAGGGCCACAUCCACGCAGGGCACACAUCAUGGGAAGACCGGAUCUAUGAAUCCAGAUCUUUGCUGUUAUGCCGAGGACGUCGUGGACACCGUUGCUGCCAACUCAGCCACCGCAGGAUAUUUAGGCUACGCCGACUUAUACAUUGAAGUGAAGCGGAGUCCCGCACUAGACUAUUUCACAGAUCCUGCCCCAGACGCAGAGCGUGCCUCGCACCAUUUCGCGCUCAACAUUGACGACGAGUGUAACCGUGAGCGGGGCGAACAAGCAUUGGGGAAGAACGUCGCCUGUGCAGCAGAGGCAUGUGCCCGCCAGCACCGCAUUUUCUACUUCUCCGUCUCGCUGUCUGGAUCUCAUGCCCGACUGAUUCGCUGGGACCGCGCCGGCGCGAUUGCUUCAGAAUCUUUUGACCUGCUUGACAAGCCGGAGCAUCUUUGCGAAUUCCUGUGGCGAUAUGCGCACGCAUCGGAUCCGGAACGCGGCUACGACCCUACGGUGAGGCCGGCAACCCGUGCGGAGGAGAAUCUGUUCAAAACGGCCAUCGAGCGCCAUGUGAGACAGCAGCUCGAUCUCGAGGACGAAGCACUAGUGGCCGCUGCGAUGGAAGAACACUACCAACCAAGCACUGUGGCAGCUAUCAGCGUGGUUGAUGAAUUUUCGCCAACGUAUGCGGUGGCGAGUCGGCUGCUGGUAUCUCGACCGCUGGUGUCCGCUGCUUCAAUAACGGGGCGGGGAACGCGUGGAUUCUGGGCUGUUCCCGCCGACGGCUCGUGCAGGGUGGUGUUCUUGAAGGAUACAUGGCGAUUCGAAGGGGCAUCUCUGACAGAAGGCGAAAUUCUGGCCGACUUGCAAGACGCUGGCGUACCGAAUAUUCCACAACUGGUUCGCCACGGCGAUGUAUUGGAGCAGGUCUCCAUGAGCAGUCCUGUGCAUGAGGAUGAAGACGGGGACAGGGACUCGAUGCAGAAUGAAGAGUGUGGUGAUGACGAGGGCAGUGUAAUCAUAGGCGUGCUUCAAUACACACAGACCGAUCUAUACCAAGACGAGCACUGGGUCUGCAAAGGCGGGCGCAGUGGACCGAUUUAUGCCCAUGUACAUAACAGGCUCAUAUCGGGCACCGCUGGAUACGGGCUGCAGCGAUUCGAGGGAACCCAGGAGCUGCUUCACGCCAUGUUUGAUGUGUAUCAAGCUAUGCUCGGUGCCUUCACUGUAGACGAACCCGAGAGGCGUAGGUUCCAUUGCGACGUCAGUCUCGGCAACGUCAUUCUCUUCAUGGAUCCUGAUUCUGGGUCCAAGAUCAGGCGCGGCUACCUCAUAGAUUGGGAGCUCUCGUGUCUGGUGGCGGAAACGGGGGAAGCGCGUGACGAUAAUAGGACGGGUACGUUACCGUUCAUGUCGCGGCGCCUGCUCAAGCAGGACAAUGCCACGCACACCUUCCAGGACGACAUGGAGUCGAUUCUGUGGGUCGUCCUGUACUGCAGCCUGGUGUGGCUGGAGCAUGAUCAGCCGCCACAUAUUGUGCUCGAGACCGUGCGCAGGCUGUUCGAGGAUCACAUGCUGGACAAGAACGGGAAAGUCACUGGGGGCUUCGGCAAGCUCUGCAACCAGAUCGAACAGUCCUUCACAGCGAAUGUCCGUUUCGCGUCCCGGGACAUCCAGGAAUGGCUGGACAACGUGAUGCGGUUCAAUGCGUGCUACUUUUUCUAUCGUGCGUACGACCCUGAGUCUGCAGAGACCUGGGAAGAACCCGCGAGGUUCAAGGAGUUCUGGGGGGAGUACCUCCGUACUCACCAUUUGCCGCAAGGUGACAGGAUUCCGAGCCAGUUGCCUCGUACGCGCGCAGGUCACGGUGCUCUGCCAUCUUCGUCCGCCGCUCGGGCAUUAGCUCCACUGCCCGCUUCUGGUGUGGCCCUGCAUACUCCCGUAUACCAGACUGCUGCUGGAAGAAAGCGAAAGGCCGAGGGCCAUCCUGUCGGUGCAGACGUACGGGAGACGAAGCGCAGGACUGUGCUGCCGCCCACGCCUAGCGCACGCUUGACGCGUGCGAGAACACGAGAGAUGGCCAGAGAAGGGAUAAGAGAACAAGCUACGCGUUGUAGGACAGGCGGCUCAGUAUUGACUGCGCGAUGGUUCCUGCGCAAGGUCUUCUUGCGCAGUCGUGCUCUGAGCACCGACGACCGGCUCUCCGCGCCCUCUACACUAGCACGCCUCGCGAUGCGGUCGUCUUGGCCUGGGGACAAAGUCCUGUUUGUUGCUCUCAUGAAUGUAUCGUAG